AGGAGAGCGCUUGUUUUCCCUCCCCUUGCCUCCCUUCUGUUUUGAGACCUGCCUUAAGUUAAAAGAAAUCAAACCAGCGCAGAAGAGCAAGCAUGAACGACAUCAAGUUGGCCCUGCUGGGAAGUCCGGGGGCUGGAAAAUCAGCUGUCCUCGUGCGCUUCCUGACCAGACGUUUCAUCGGAGAAUAUGCCUCCGACACCAAUUCUCUUUAUCGAAAAAGGCUGUCCAUCGACGGUAGGCAGCUGAAUCUGGAGGUCUUUGAUCCCUGCUCGCAGCGCUCAGAGGCUAGGUGCAUACUGGAGGAACCGGUGGCGUGGGCAGACGGUUUUGUGGUGGUCUACAACAUCAGUGACCGCAAUUCCUUCCUCGAUGCCAAGAACAUCCUGCGGCAGAUUCGUGAGACGCGCCAGCAAGACCAAUGCAAAGGAGAGCCACCAGGUGUCCCUGUUUGUCUGCUGGGCAACAAGCAGGACCUGUGCCACGCUCGACAGGUACGCGAGGACGAAGGCCGCUGCCUGGCGCAAGAGAACCGCUGCCACUUCCAGGAAGUAUCAGCGGCCGAGAGCUACCAGGACAUCUCCGGCCUCUUCACCCAGCUCAUCAGGCAGGUGAUGGAGCACCUGAAGUACCGCGCCGAACGUCGUCGCUACAGCGGCUCCAAAUCCAUGGCCAAGCUCAUCAACAAUGUGUUUGGGAAGAGGAGGAAGUCGGUGUAACUAAGAGAUCACCAACAUGUGUAGAGUUUCCAAAUUAAAUGGCAUGACACUUUAAAUUGUUUUGCCAUGUUGUAAAUAAGAACAGGGGCCAGUAUCGAGAAGGGACUGAAGUCCCUAAGAAGGCAGAUAACUGUGACUGACGAGUGAACAAAUGUCUUGUGACUCGUGACCAGUCCAAACUUUCGUUUGUUGAAAGACAUCAGGAAAGGUCUUCAGAUAACCGUUUCAACUAUUGGUUGGGCGGGUUAUUCCGACUAUGUAUACAUUCUCAAAUAACACCAACAUAUUUCACUUCACCAUUGAUAGUACUUCUUUACCUAUUUGUAGUUUAUCCCCAUCUGAUCACUGAUCAAUCCACUUAGAAUGUGUAUCAUAUUGUACAGGGAGGGGAUGUAGCUCAGUGGUAGAGCGCAUGCUUCGCAUGUAUGAGGUCCUGGGUUCAAUCCCCAGCAUCUCCAAUUCUUAUAUUGUUAGUAUUUUAAAAUGGCUGUAGGAGGUAAAUGCAACCAGAGUGUAUAUCAUGACCUCAGAAGAGGGGAUGUAGCUCAGUGUUAGAGCGCAUGCUUCGCAUGUAUGAGGUCCUGGGUUCAAUCCCCAGCAUCUCCAAUUCUUAUAUUGUUACAGUAUUUGAAAAUGGCUGUAGGACGUAAAUGCACACAGACUGUAUAUCAUGGCCUCAGAAGAGGGGAUGUAGCUCAGUGGUAGAGCGCAUGCUUCGCAUGUAUGAGGUCCUGGAUUCAAUCCCCAGCAUCUCCAAUUCUUAUAUUGUUAAACAGUAUUUGAAAAUGGCUGUAGGAAGUAAAUGCACACAGACUGUAUAUCAUGGCCUCAGAAGAGGGGAUGUAGCUCAGUGGUAGAGCGCAUGCUUUGCAUGUAUGAGGUCCUGGGUUCAAGCCCCAGCAUCUCCAAUUCUUAUAUCGUUAAAUGUACAAUUGAAAAUGGCUUCACCCUGGUGGACGUAAAUCCACACAGUGUAUAUCAUGUUCUUAAAUGAGGGGAUGUAGCUCAGUGGUAGAGCGCAUGCUUUGCAUGUAUGAGGUCCUGGGUUCAAUCCCCAGCAUCUCCAGUUCUUAUAUCGUUAAACAUACAACUGAAAAUGGCUUUACCCUGGUGGACGUAAAUCCACACGGAGUGUAUAUUUUCAUAAAAGAGGGGAUGUAGCUCAGUGGUAGAGCGCAUGCUUUGCAUGUAUGAGGUCCUGGGUUCGAUCCCCAGCAUCUCCAAUUCUUAUACCCUAGUGGAGGUUAAUGCUAUUGUAGUUACUAGUUGAUCUUAAUGUUAAGUGUUCAUCUUAAAACAGCCCCAGAUUCAAAAACGUGUAUGUAAUUUUGAUAUUAAUUAAAUUUCACGAAUAA